AUUGAAAGCGAAAGCUACACAGGACCAGCGAGAGAUCUCGAAAGUAGAAAGACUAGUAAACACGCACCCAGACAUACCAUUCAUGGAAGAAAGUAAUAGAGGAAAGGAGAGAAAAGAAACCGAGGAGAAAUCAAAGGAAGAUGUUCGCUACCGGGGAGUCAGAAGAAGGCCGUGGGGCAAAUUCGCAGCCGAGAUUCGUGAUCCAUCGAGGAAUGGGGCCCGUCUCUGGCUCGGAACAUUUGAUACCGCUGAGGAGGCUGCUAGGGCUUAUGAUAGAGCAGCGUUUAACCUGAGAGGCCAUAUGGCAAUUCUCAACUUCCCCAGUGAGUACUACUCCCAAGUGAUGGGUUCUCCACCGCACCCUCCAAGGUUUUCUUCAAUGUCUUCAUUGGCUUCACCUUCUUCUUCGGUUAUUCGUGGAGGGAGUUCUUCGCAGAGGGGGAGUAGUUCAUCCUCGAGCGAUGCGCAGGGGAGAGAGGUCAUCGAGUUCGAGUACUUGGAUGAUAAGCUCCUGGAGGACCUUCUAAAGCCACCGGAAGAACAGAAACGGAAAUGAGGACCGGAGUCCAUCUACUGAGUUAAUUAGCUGCAGUAAAGAAAGGGUAAGCUGAUUCAUUCGCAACAUCGGAUUAGCGACCUCAGUGUUAAACUGUUCUGUGGGGAGUUCCAUCGGGCUUAGAGCUAGCUUGGUCGAUAAGGUGCAAGAGGCUUAUUCCUGAAGUCAAUUCCACACUGUCCAAGCUCUCAUCCUGGGAUAUUGAAUCCAGGGCUUUGCCGUCAAUUGUUGUGCAAAUUGGCUUGCGAGAAGAGUUACCUCCCUCUCGCUAGGGAUCCAUCUUCUUCAUUCGAUUUCUAAUGGAUUAAGUAAUUUUGAGGCCAUAUUAUUGUGGUCUUCAUAUCACGUUCCUGUUUGAUUUGAUUUAAUUUUUUAUGGGAAAAUGAAUGG